AUUCCAUCAAUGGUCCACACUCCAGCCCAGUAGGUGGCGGGAAUGCACCUAUCGUUUGUUUGCCAACCGCCAUAAAACUCCAAAAGAAGAAGAAGAAGAACAAUCUAAGCAACGAAAAAGGCGAAUUACCUUCACAAUGGCUGAGGUGGAAGAGACGAUCAAAAGGAUUCAGAGUCAGAAAGGAGUACAAGGAAUCAUCAUUGUUAAUGCAGAAGGCAUCCCUAUCAAAAGCACUCUUGACAACUCAAGCACAGUUCAGUAUGCUGGUAAUGUCCAUCAGCUGCUCAUGAAAGCUCGGGGAAUGGUGAGGGACAUCGACCCUCAAAAUGAUCUCACCUUUCUCCGAGUUAGAUCAAAGAAGAAUGAGAUUAUGAUUGCCCCAGACAAGGACUAUUUCCUGAUCGUCAUUCAAAAUCCUACGGAGUAGUCCUGAAUUCUUCAUAGUUGUUGCCAUAGUAUUUUUUCUUUUUUAAUUAAUUGCCGAAAGCGUUUCGUUUAAUGUUCUAGGAAAGUGAAGUUAUAGCUUAUUGCAAGUAUUCAGUUUGUACUGCUCUUGCUUAUCAUUCCAUUAAUUUGCUCUUUAUUUUGUAAUUUAUUGUUCUCUCAUAUUCUCUUUUUUGCAACUUCUUCAGCUGUUCAUCAUCUGUAAGCGUCAACAUGACACUAUGACAUACUGUACUUGUUUGUGUAUGCUAAAAAAGGAUAAUAAAACAACAAUGCAUU